CCCAGACGAUGAGCGUGCUCAGGUCCAGGAAAAAGCAUGGACAGCAUGGCUGAAGUCUCGCCCGCUCCAUCUCACCGAUCCAGCCUGGUCCAUCAUCAGACGCGAUUGUCGAGGUUAUUGGUGAAGAAGCGAGAUAAGUGGCCUUGAUCUCCAGAUUUCCGCGAGACAUUUCUGGAAUUGGCGAUUUUGAACUUUCUGCCUUCUCGUCUGAACUCGUCAAUUCAUCUCAUCCGAUGCCCUAAAUUCAACAUCGCUUCCUUCCUACCUUUGGGAACACACCAUCUCCAUUUCUCCGCCCGAACGGUACCGCCGGCGUAGUGGAAGGAGGAAGGCGGAAGGCGAAAAGGUGGAAGAAGCAAGGCAAUUGACUGGCUGGCAAUGGGCAUGCCGCUCGGUCCAUCGACUGUCGAUUCCUUCUCUCAGCACCGGUGCAGUUCGGACGACUGAGAUUCCAUGGCCACGAUGCAGCACCCACCUCAACCCGUGUUCACGGCCUCGCCAAUCCCUAUUCAACCUCCCACCCAGCCAUCAUCAGCACAAAGGGCGCUACCGGACAGGAGCGUGAGCAGCACCUCGAUAGAGGAUGCCUAUGCCGCCUUCGUCCUUUACUGUAACCCUGGCGUCCCCAUCGAUACGGACUCGACAGCCUUGCGUGAGGCCUUCCGCACUCCACCCAAGAGUGGAGGCAAGAGCUUUAGCACCUACACCCUGUUUGAGCUGAUCAAGAAACUCGAGACCAAAGAGCUCAAGACAUGGGCCGAGCUGGCCUUGAAGCUGGGCGUCGAGCCGCCGGAUCAGGAAAAGGGCCAGAGCUCACAAAAAAUCCAGCAGUAUGCUGUUCGCCUCAAGAGGUGGAUGCAUUCUAUGCAUGUCGAUGCUUUUUUUGAGUAUCUAAUUGGCCGCCAGUCUCCGUACUGGACGGAAAUACCGCCCGAGCACGUCCCAGUCGCUGAGUUGGAGCGGGAUGGCGUCGCGGCAGAGGACGACAUGGCCUUGCGGGCACUCUUACCCCAGAUCAAGCCCCGAAGGGGUAAAAGGAAACCCGAGGAUGACGAAACCGGCAAGUCGCCUUCCCAGCGUCCAUCGCCGCAGGCAGAGGAGGACGGGACCGGCGGGCCGGCCAACACGGCAGAGCCGUGGACGGCGCAACCGGAUGGGAGAGGGAGCGUCUUCCUGUUUCCCCCGGUCCCCGACCCAUCGAGGUUAAACCCAUCCGCGCCUUCCUGGACAAACGAAAUUGUGCAGACGCCGAUGACAGCAUAUCCAAUACCGCAGUCUGCGAUCACGCCCUCUACCAGGAAUGCGUUCUGGGCGGACGAGCCAAGGUCGGCCCUGACUCCCUCAAAACCCAGAUCCGCGAGCAGACGACAUGGCGCCAAGGUGGUCUCAUCUGCUUGGCGAAGCGGGACGGCGACCCCCGUCCCCAUUGGCAAUGCGGCUCCUCCCGCGCCGCUCGCGCCACCCCCUCCUCAGGAUCCCGCACCCCAGCCUACACAGACGCUCAACCACUUCUCCCCAAUUCAGGAGUCAGCGCCCGCUCGGCCAGCCAAGCGGAGAAUGUUGUCGCUGCAGGUCCCCGAAAGAAAGGGAGGAGAGGUUCGGCUGGCGACGCCUCCGCUUCCAGAGCCGGCAACGGCGCCGGUUGUAAUGAUAAACGGGCAAACAGCCGAACCCCACGGCCAGCCGAUGCCCGGAGCGCUCGGUGUCGACCAAGUUGGACCCAUGCAUGCUCAGAUACCAGGGGUUAAUGCAAAUGGUUCUCUACCACUGGAAGCCGCUAUCUCAGGAGGACUAAACGCCUUUACACAGGACCCGACAGACCGCACCAACGUGGCCGAGGUCGAUGCCUUGUUCGUGUCCAGUUUGUUAGAUGCCAACUGGUACGACGCCAAUCAACAGCCGAUCGCUCCCUGCAGCGUCGAAGAAGCGUUGGCUUUCUCGCAAACGGUCGUCGAGACACUGCGCAACGCGGCGCCCACACACGAAACCUUCCUGAUCAACCUGUCCGGACUGGCGGGCGGCCAGGCCUUGAUGCGCAAGGGCAGCUUGCGCGUCACUCGCGUCGAGGAACUCGCCGACCGGACGCGGUAUUCGGUCAUCUGGCAGCUGCAGUAUGGAGGCAUUGUGGGGGACUGGAACAUGGAGGAGACAGUUCUGCACGAGAAGUGGAAGAAGCCGAAAAAGGACGACGGGGCGGCGCCCUUGUCAGGGUCGGCGACUCCCACCGGGGCCGGCGGUUCACAAGCGGAGAAUUGGAAGAGGAUGUACACGGAGAUGGCGGCCACGUUACAGCGGCGCGAUGAGGAGGUGGUGCGACUCAAACCUUUCGCUCGUUCCGUCCCGCAUUGUCCUACGAUACCCGAUACAAUCCGUAUCCCAUUAAACCCUCGAUCGAACUCCUACGCCAUGCCGAAGCAGUACGUCCUCUGCGGCCGGCCGCUGCCUCGGUUCGGGACCCGCCGCAUCUCGCUGCUCCUCGUCUUCUUCGCUAUCUUUGCCGUAUUCAGUCUACUCUUUACCCUCCCCGGCUCCAUCCAAGCGAGCCCGAAGCUGCGAGCCGCCGGCAAUAGGUUCUCCAUCCCGAAAUCGUUCAAGAGCCCCUGGAUGAACAAGCUCAACCCGUUCAAGCAACCCACGCGCCCGCCCCGCGUCCAGAAGACCGACACAGACGGCGACUCGGUAUGGCACGCCGACUGGAACUGGCUGUUGAUGCCCUUCAGCAGCUCUAUCACCCUCGACGAGAACCGCGCCCUGCUCCCCAUGCUCAAGGACCGCACACCGAUCUACUGCUACUACGACAACACGGUCGAGAAAGACCGCUCGAGCAGCGACGCUGAGAGCGCCCUGCUGCUGACCUGGCGCCGUGCCUGGUGGGCUCAGGGGUUUAAGCCCGUCAUUCUCAGUCCCGCCGAGGCCAUGAAUAACCCGCUAUACGAGGAGCUACAGAAGCUGGAUGGCAUGACGCCGAAGCUCAAAGAGGACCUGAUGCGCUGGCUGGCCUGGGAGAACAUGGGCGACGGCGUGCUUGCCCACCACCUGGUCUUCCCCAUGGGGCCACACGACGACCCCUUGUUUGCCUACCUCCGCCGCGGCGAAUUCCCCAAGUUGACACGGUUCAAGGAUCUAGAUGACGGCUUAUUCGUUGGGUCCAUGACUGACGUGACCGACGUUAUCAAGACCGUUAUGAAUAGCCCGGAAAGUAAGCAGGCCGAGGGUAUCGUGGCGCUCUUGGAGUCAGGCGAGAAAGAGAACCCAUUUUCCGUCGAUAACGCACCCAAAGCCCUGGCUUAUUACUCGGCGCACCAGGUCGAGACUCUGUACCCCGAGCUCGGCGACGACAUCGCGGCAUCCCACGCGGCGGGGCUAAAAAGCCUUACACAGCUCAUCAGCGCUCACCUACACCUCACCUGGCAAAACAUUUUCACCAGCGGGAUCGCCGUGGUCAAGCCACUGCCGCACCAUACCACCCACCUCAUCACCCCCGCCUACGAGCUGGCUCAGCGACUAGCUCACUGCCCGGAAAGCCCACUCCCCAACACCUGCCCACCCAACCGCCCCAAAUGCCGCCCCUGUGACGACUCCAAGCCGAUGAAGAUUGGUACUCCGUCUUCCUACUCGGGCGUCGACACGCUCUACACCAUCGGCACCGUCCCGCACCCCUACACCUCAUCCACCCUCAACUACCUCAAGACCCAACUCUCCAUCCCCUGGAUCCGCCGCGACUCGCCACGCGACGCCUGGGUAACCUCCUUGACCUCGUCCCUGUUCACCGAUUCCGUUUCCACCACCCCGCGACUCAUCAGCUUCAAAGAAGCCGUCGCCUCAGACGAGGACGACACCACCGAAACCAAAGGAACGGUAAGAGGAACCAAAGGCGGCGCCUACCGCUCCCUCUGGCUCCCCGCCGAGCAGACCCUCCCCGACGACCUCGACUGGCAUUUUGGCUUCGCCCUCCCCGACCGAGCCACCUACGCCGCGGACCAAUCCACUCCGGACUCCACUCCCGACUCCACCGACACCGCCAGCGACACCACCAAUGACCCCCCCAGCACCGUCGUCCCACUGCACACCCCCAAAGACGGCCCCGUCCCCACGGCCGACGAGCUGGCCCUCGAGCCCGCGCUCUUCACGCGCGCCCAGGCCGUCGUGCUCUCCAGCUCCUCCCGCCUCACCCUCAAGGCCAAGGCCAGCGCCGAGGACCUCGCCCUCCGCAACGCCGUCGAGGCCUGGAACCUCGCCGACACCGAGGCCUGGCGCUUCGCCCGCGCCUACCUCGCCCGCAAGUCGGUCGAGCGCGCCAAGUGGGAGGACGAGGAGGCCCGCUACGCCGGCGGGGUCGGGGCCGAGAAGUCGCACCGCCCAGAGGCUGGGGGGGACGGGGGGGAGGGUGGGAAGAAGGGGGCUGGUGGGAAGAAAAAGGGUGGGGGGAAGGUUUGGGAUCGGUGGUUGGAUCGGGAUUGA